AUGGCGGCUCCACGUAAAUUUUCCCACAUUACUAUUUCAACUACACCAUUCAAAGUAAGUUUUUUUUGUUAAUUUAGAAAAUCGUGCAGAUAUCUUUGUUCAGCAGAGAAUUGACAAAGAUCUGAAGAAAUCCGAUUUGGACAUUGAAAAAGAUGCAAAUAUUGCCUUCAAGUGCGCGGAUCGUUUUAACUACAAUACCAACUUUCACAGAAAAGUACGUUAAUUGUCUUACAUUUUGUGUAAUAUAAUCUGGUGCAGGUUUCUCUGAGCGAUCGCUUCGAACUGGUGGCGCUCGGUUUCGAGAUGAAAGCGCAGUCAAACACGUUGAUGCACGUUCCGGAAGCAUCAGAAUCGGAUAAUUAUAUUUACAGGUCAGUUGAACUGGCCGGCCACAGUUCCGUUUGGAACUCUGAUCGCGACCACAGUUCCGUUUGGAUCAGCUCUCGUCUUAUUGAUGUUUUUUUUUAUAGGAAAGAGAAAAAACUGGAUCCUCUCGCCUCCCCAAUUUACUCUGGAAGCCAGAAUCCGGUAUUAAUCAAUUAUCGGGAUUGCAAGCAUAAAUGUAUUCAGCUUCCGGCGGGUCGUGGAUUCCUUUCUCCUCCAGCUCACUCCGCUCUCUCAGACACGUCCGUUUCCGCUUUCGACUUCAAGAGCACUCCGCAGAAGUCUCCGGCAACCAGCAUCCGCCUGCCGAUCCGAUCGGUCUUCGACGAAAUCCCAUCGAACUUUGUUUGA